GACGGAGAUUUUCGUUUCCAGAAUCCAAUGUCUAGAGACUUCUUCGAGUUCGAGAGACAACCGGAGGAGCAAACCCCUAAACGCUGAUUUCCAAUCGAUCUCUCUCCGACGAGUUGGUCCCGGAGGAAGGAGGCUUCGAAUCGUCUUUCUUUUUGUACAUUGCGGCGAAAAUGGGUCGAAAAGCUGGCCAACUAUACAUAAACCCCAAGAAGUUUGGCUCCAUGGCGAAACCAUGCAUGACCAACAUGAUAUCCUUGCUUAACUGCUUGUCUAUGAACCAGAUGAAAGAUGGCAAUUGCGUCAAGGAAAAGGAGUUGCUUAGUGCUUGCUUGGAUGCACAGAAUAGCAAAAACAAUUCCUGGGGAAGUAUCAACUACCACCUGCAGAGGCUGAGCAAGGGAAGGAAGUGAAGUUUUGGCUUGUUCUUAUAGUUCAUCAGUUAUGGAGAGUAUUAGCGUGGGAAGGAAAUUCUUCUGUCCUGGUCACGUCCCACCCAACUCUUGCUCUUAUAAUCGACAUUUGCAUUCUGUUGUACCGUAAUGCCAAAUUUUGAACAUAAACUUCUGUUUCAUGGUUAUAUCCCUCCCUAGCUAGGCAUCAUAUUUAUUGGAGCUGAAUCUUUCCAUGAUUUGAGUUCCAAAUAACUUCUUAGUUUUCAGGAAUUGAAUCGCUCACACGAUCGAAUGUGGUGUGCUUUUCUGUCUCUCUGUCUGUGCCAGUGACUACACUCAGAAGCCUGUCCUGAUAAAUGAAACAAGUUUCUUUCUUAAUGGUGAUUGUUGAUGGGUUCUUUUCUUUGUGAUUUGGGG